AUGCCACCAAUAGUGAAGAAGCAGAAGACACUGAUGAUGGAUGAGACGGCAAAGGCGCUGCUUGGCGACGACUUGCCGAAGAUUCGCCAGACGCUGCUACCCUUCGUAAAAGCACGUUGCUUCUUCAUUGUGCCGCCAAAGCCUCCUCGAAAAUGCCUUGAGCGAUUGUUUUCACUUGAAAAAAGAGCACAUUCAAAGAUCGAAGGAGUAGCGCCUAGGCAAACCAAGAUGCAGCUGAUGUGA